UGCGAACCCCCCGUGGCCGUGGCCGUGGCCUCUGGCCGGACCCACCCCCGCCGGGUGACUCAGCCCGGGAGGCUUUUCCUUAUAUAACGCGGCGGCUCCCGCGGCUCCCACGGGAGCAGCCCCUGCCCAGGGAGCAGCCCCUGCCUCAGUUUCCCCUCCCCGGGGUGUCACCGUCACCGCCGCCGCCGCCGCUGCCACCGCUGCCAUGUGGAUGGUGUCCCCGCCGGUCGGUGUUUUCCAGGCCACCAAAAAGCUGGUGCUGAGCGAGAGGGAGGGACGGGAGCGGGUGCUGGAAUUCCUGAGGAAAAACGCCGCCAACGGGCUCUCCGUGGCAAAUCUGCUGGCAGGGCUCUCGUCCAUCCUCUGCAGCGUCAACAGGCAGUACCAGCUCUCCUGCUGGCUGCUCCUGCUGGGAUUCCUGCUGGAUUUGGCCGAUGGGGCCGUGGCGCGGCAGCUCAACGCCUGCUCGGCGCUGGGUGCCAAGCUGGAUGAUUUCGCGGAUUUCACCACCUUCGGGCUGGGCACGGCCCUGCUGCUGCAGCCGCACGGGGUGCUGGGGGGGCUGCUGAGCCUCGCCUACGUCCUGGCCGUGUUCGCCCGGCUCUGCUUCUUCUCCAGCGGGAUCCCCUUCACCUACAGGGGCCUGCCCUGCCCCUACCCCUCGGCCCUGCUGGCCAGCACCUUCGUGCUGUCGGGGGGCCACGUGGCGCUGCUGCGCGUGGCGGCGGCGGCGAUGAUCGUGGCCAUGGCCGACUGCGGCUCCUACCCCCACGACCGCGUGCUCGAGUCCCAGCGCUGGAAGAAGGUGGUUUAUGCCGGAGGGGUGCUGGCGGUGCUGCUGGCGCCGGCGCCGGUGGCCGCCGUUUAUUGCCUGGCCUGGGCCGUGUCCUACAUCGCGUUCCCCUCCGCCCUGUGGAGCUGCAAGGCUUGAGCCCCGCCCAGACAGCAGUAAAGCCUCGGCUUAA